GAAAAUGGGAUAGGAUAAGCCCAUUGCCCAAAGUGCCCAUCUUGAAAGACAGAGCUCUUAGCUCUUGCUCUCAUUUCACAACAAUGGCUUCCUCUUCUACAACUCUCUCUCUCUGCUCUUCUCUCACAAUUCAAUGCAGGAUAUCUCAUAAUCAAAAUCCGCAAUUUUUUUCUAGAACACUUUCUCUCUCGAAGCCUAACUCUGUGUCCCUCUUCAAAACCCAUAGUCUUGCUUCUCCUCCUCCUUUCCUCUCUACAAGACUCUCAUUUUUACCCACUUUAAAAUCCUCUGAAUCCGAAGCUCCCGUCCUUGAGGUCGAAGCUGAGGCACCUGAAUCUGGGCCUGAACCUGAACCCGAAAACGAACCCGGUCCCAUUGUUGAUGUUACCAAGGAAGAGCCCAAGGGCGAGGACGUUUUUGCUGUCGUUAUGAUUGGUGGCCGUCAGUACAUUGUAAUUCCAGGGCGAUAUAUUUAUGUUCAAAGGCUGAAAGGUGCAAAUGUCAAUGAUAAGGUCACUUUGAACAAGGUGUUACUUGUUGGAACAAGAACGAGCACCUACAUUGGAAAACCUGUGGUAACUAAUGCUGUUGUUCAUGCUUUAGUCGAAGAGCAGGGAUUAAAUCCCAAAGUUGUUGUCUUCAAGUAUAAGAAGAAGAAAAACUAUCGGAGAAAUAUUGGCCACCGACAGCCAAAUUCGCGAAUAAGGAUCACAGGCAUUACAGGCUAUCAAGACUAUCCAGCAGUCACACUUGACUCUUAAAAGAUUCUUCAGGGAGUUUUUGGAGUCUACUUAAAGAUCCCAUUCAAUAUUUUUGGAAGUUUCUCUUUUCAUUUUGUAUGUAAUUUCCUUUAUAUAGUGGCAGUGUUUUAGAUUUAAUUAAGGAUUCUAAUGAUAAACUGUGAAAAUUAGGUGCAGAAGAAUUUUACUUGUAGGGUAUUUGUGGUCUGUUCGGUGGUAAGCUUAGUUAUUGUUGUAUUCUUGGUCUCUAUAAAUUAAUGAAUUGCCAUUUUGUUCUAUUGA